UAGGAGCCUGAGACUCGCAUGCCUCUGAUCGAUCAUUAUCUCUAUUUUCCUGUAACUGCCCCUGUGUACUCUGUGAAUAUUGUCUCACACCUUGACCACGGGUGCUUGUCAAAAUGUGAUUGGAUUUGAAACUUCCUCGGCAUUGCUUCAUACCUUGUACCGUUGCUACCCUGCCCGAUGUUUGGAGCUAGCUUUGGCUGAGAGGAAAUCUAGAGGCAGGGCAGUACAGCAGCUGAUGACAAUCACUCGUGGACCUCAACAGACUGCCAGAUGCCCACCCUUUUCUUGGCAACUCAUCCACUUCCUCGUUGCCGAAACUUUCAAGUAGGAUCGAAGGCCUGAGGCAUAGCAUGGCUUUCGCACAUUCUUGCAGCCGACGUCUGAUUCUCCAUUCAAGUCCAUCAUCCUGCAGAAUUUUCCUACCAGCAUCUCUCCGAUUUGUGCUUUGUAGUUGAUCUCUUGCAGACCAUGAGUGCGGAGGUAGUUAGAGCUUGAUCGAUUUGACACUCAAUUGCUGUCCAUGGAUGAACAUAGAGAGUGUAUCAUGGAGUAUAUCUAAGUCUGAUUGUUGAGACCCAGGUUUUGAACGAGGUGGCAAUCUUGACGUGUGCAUGCCACCGUUCGAAACAAGAUAUUUUUUCAGAUGGUGGAGAUUAUAGAUUCUAGAGGAUAAACUGCGUUCGAAUGGCAUCCAGGUUGCUUUCUCUUAUUUUUUGUGGCGAUUUGAACGGCGUCAGUUCCGGUUUCUAUGGACUGAAAAUUGUGGAAACUUUCUAAAUCAUUAAAUCAUCAGAUAGAAAAUGCCUCGAGGCACACUCAGAACGUCCUUAUUUCUCUUGUUCACACAUGAGAAAGAAACGAACCCAAAUGGCAUCAGAAUUACCACUAUUUCACCUGUUUUCAAUUCCAAUGUUCUGUGCUGUGGUAGAAUCUGAUCAGUAGAUGAUGUGCUGAGUUUAUGUAUUAGAUAGUGUAUAACUAGAGUAGGAUCAAACAUUGAAAGCAGGAGGACUGUGUUUUAGAACUGAAGCGCUGCCUUGUACAGAUAUCAUCUGCAGGCUGUUUCUACUGGUGAGAGAUUUCUGCACAGGCAAUUUCCCUCCGCUUUUAGACACAAUCACAAGUGCGUCAGAUUUAUUGAAUGCCACAUGUCUGACAAACUCUCCUGAGUUUUGUUAGUCUGCGAAGUGUUCAUGACUUGGAUCUAUGCGUUGUGGUUUCAGCUGGUGGUACAUCUGUGAAAAGGUUUGCUCCAGUCCAGAGGAAAAUCUCCACAAUCGUUAUUAUUUUCAAGGGGUGCAAAAAUUUCGGGGCGAGCCUUUUAAUUCAUUUUUCAUUGGCCACGGAUCCCAUCGUUCAGAGGGAAAGAAAGAGCAUGCACUGCAGUCGCCCUCACCGACGAUGGAACUGAUUGGAGGGCAGUCUUCCUUCUCGCCAUCUCCUCCAUAAAUCACAGAAUCUACGAAAGGGCACAAAUUUUCAGAGGCGAGGAAUUGGCCAUCGCUCAAAUUCAUCCGCAGAAUAUGCACUGACAGCUCCGUGCCCGUCCAUACUGUGGGCGAAGAAUCGUCUGGUGACUAAAGUAUUCCCACCGAUCGGUGCUCGUUUUCUCAAACCGAUGUGUCGUUUGAGAAUUCUGUCCGGGCUCUGUGGAGCAGCAUGUACCUAAAACGCGAAAUUGACGAGCAAAAUUGCCGCAAAUUCGAGAAGGACUCCUGAACGGACCUGGUCCAGCACAAUGUGUAGUCUUCGUCUUGAGCCGUUGGCGUGAGCCGCUUAAUCUGUUUCAAAUUUCAAAUUUCAAAUAGAGUGCUCCUGUUUCAAUCUGGACACGCUGUUCCUUCGAACUCCACCGAGUACAGAUUUAGAUUUAGAACGGAUAGACUAAUAUCUCUCGAACUACGUCUUGCAAGUCCAGAAAGCACGACGCAAUUGAUGGUUUCGGGCAGCGCUGCGUUGAAUUCUUCGCCUCCAUGCUCCACUCCAGUCGAGCGUGAUCGGGUGCCAAAAGCUGGGCUUAAACCCUGUGCUCAACCCUCGCGUUCACCAGAGGACGCAACGCUUGGGGGGAACCGCGCUCAAUUGACGAUGGCGGGCGAUACGCAGAUACCUUGAGUCCACAUUCCUGUCUUGAUCACCGGAGGGAACAUCGGCCAGCGUUCGGCGAGGUUCCGAUUCGAGUCACCAUGGCGGCCUAUGGAGGAGCUGGUGGGUACAUGUACGACUCGGGCCAGAGCAGCGGCUCGGACGACGACAGCGGCUCUGCGCGAUCGCCAGGUCGUGGGCCGGCAUCUUCCGGAUCGCAAGGUUCAGGCUCUGCGCGAUCGCCAGGUCGUGGGCCGGCAUCUUCCGGAUCGCAAGGUUCAGGGAGUUGGCGAGGUGGGUACAUGUUCGACGACUCCCAGAGCUCUUCUGACGACUCAGGGGGAAAUGCGCUCGCACUAGCAUCGCCUGGACGAGGAGGACGACGAGGCCGUGGAUCCCCACCACCACCGCAAUGGCAAAGAAAUCUGCCGGGGACAGUGUGGCCGCCAUUGCCGGCGGAUUACUUCGACGGAGUUGCGGAUCAAUUCUACGGCACGUUCGGAGUCCGCCCGAGGCCUCCGCCGCUGUUUAUCCCCGCACCACUGAUUCAGCCUCCAGUGCGCAAUGCGGACGGCGGCCUCGACCCCUUCCUGGCCGAGGAUCACAGCCCGCACUUGGGGUCCGGAUCCGACGAAGAAGAAGAUGAAGCAAUUUACGACGUGAGACAAUCGCCGCGAGUCGUUCCCAACCAUGCCUUCAAUCUGAACCGCGACGUCUUCCUCGCCGAGGCAGGCGAGGAAGUGCCGCAUUUCCAGAGCUGGGAGGAACGCGAGCAGUGGAUCCGCGAGGCGAAGCUGCUCAUGUACCUGCGCGAGCGCGAGGAGGAGCAGCAGGCCAUCGACCACCGCCGCCCCAACAUCGAGGCCGGCCUGCCGCCGCUCUCGGAGGAAGAGCAGCGGCGCAAGCGCAUGGAUGAGUUGCUCCUCGCGUUCGAAAUGGCGGCCGAGUCGAGCAACGAGACCGGGCUCUCGGACCCGCGCCGCCCGCGAUCGCCCAACCGCCGGCCGGACUCGGACUACGAGGACACCGCCUCCUCCGUCUACCGCCGGCACACCUUCGAGCCCGCUACGGCGCCGGUGCGGCCCGCCGAGUUCCCCUUCUCCGGCCGGGAACUCGCCAACGAGGAGCCCUACAAAUACCCGUACUACUGCGUCCUGGUCGGCGAGAUCAACCCGGACUUCGAGUCGCAGCGCGGCGACGUGAUCAUCAUCCACCCGGGCCACAUGGGCCGGGGCCGGCAGUUCCCGGAGACCGGGUUCAUCCACACCGUCCGCGGGCCUCAGGACUUCCAGCAGUUCGGCGUCAUGCACGGCGACCUGAACCUCCGCAUCGGGCAGUUCGUUUCCGUCGUCGCCGAGUUCCAGGCCCGGCCCGGCGCCAGGCUGGCAUACGACCCCUUGAAGGCGCUGCUGCUGCACUCGUACGUGGACCUGACCACGCGCAGUCGCGUCGACCCCAACCGCCACCCGUCGGUCCUCGCCCGGUACCUGGGCGAGACGUACAUUGCCCACAACGUGACCGUCGACACGGUGCGCAGCGAGAGCAGGGUCCGCGAACUGCGACCGGGGACGGAUGUCACCAGCCACUUCAUGGCGCGCCUGGGCGACAUCCUCAUCCUGCCCGGGGCGUGGCAGGACAACUUCAACCACCGGCAGAACUUCCGUCGCACUUUGGUCCGCUGGUACGAGCCCGGGCGCCGGGCGGACAAGUACCUUGUCCCCGGGGUAAUGCUGGUCCGGCCCUGCGUGGACAUGGAGUUCCGCAGCGGCGGCUACCUGAACCGCGAACUGAUGCAGGCCACGCACCGCACCGACCCCAACUUCCGGUGGGGGUACGUCGAGCUGUACUCGCUCGGGCAGGGUCGAACCAGGUGGUUCUACUGGGGCCGGGACGUAAUGAGGCCGACCUACGCGCUCGGCAAAAUCCCGAAGUGUGUUUUCUACUGCGCUGACGACUAGUUUCUGUAUGUUUCUGACCCUUGGCAUCCCCAGUACAGGCUAGGCACGCAGCCGGACUCCUGGUGAGAAAUUAUCCCGAUCCGAAUGGCCGUUCCGAUUGACAAAUCCCUGGGACCUAGUGAUCGGAUUUCUCCUUUCCUUCGUUUAGCCUCUCCCUGCGAGUUCGAUUCGAGCGGCACCUCCUUUCACGGGUUGUUUUCUGGUGGUUUAGAACUGCACAGCCUGCGGACGUAGUAGCCUGAGGGCCGAUCCACCCUGUUCUUCACCUCUGCUCUGGCUCCGACACGAAGGAAUGAGGGCCUUCGAGCUGCACCACAACGUUCGCUAGAAUUCGCACAGAGCAGUCCGGUCCAACCGUACGAGACAACUAGUACACCAAGGCAGAAAACACCACGCCUGAAGGGCACACUCCCGGAACCCACCCUCUGGCCCCGCAACUUCAACUAGUAUCUCGUCUCCGUCCGUAGAGCCACGACAUUGUGCUCUCACCGUGCACCUGUAGGUGCUGUUACAAACUCUCACACCCGUCCCCCGUAGGCGCAGUAACGAUAUUUGAUAGU